AUGGCCAUGUUGUGGCCCUACUACUCUCGCAAACUGAUGAAUGCUCUGCUUGCCCACUCUGUACGGUGGGGAAUAGGAGACGAACAAACCCGACAGCUUCUGAGUGCUUAUGACGAUGGCAAAGUGCGUGUGCACCAUUCCAACAGUACAAGUGCUCCUUCUUCUGAGCGCAUAGGAAUCAGUCAUGGCAACAGCACGCUGAUAUGGAUUUGCACUGGCAUUGCCUUUCGACUUAUUGACCAUCUGGGGAUCUGCUUCGAUAGCCAGCGAUAUAUGGGGUCUGUCACUUUAUUUGACGAAGACACUGAAAUACGCCAUCGCUUGUUUUGGAGCUGUUAUUUUUGGGAUAAGCUGAUGAGUUUCUAUCUGGGAAGAUCGCCUUCCUUGCAGCAAUCCCCUGCGUCGCCCCCACAGCGCAUCCCUGAUGAUUCGGCCGAGGACGAGUUGUGGACGCCACACGGUCUCACUUAUGCUAAUGGAGAACAAUACCCUCCUACUCCCUCCCAUUCAACAUCCUCAAUUAUUCAGAUAUGCCGGCUUACGGUCAUAUUCAAUGAAAUACUGAUCCACAUGUACGAUCCGACCUACCACAACUCAGAUACAGAGAUGCACAGUUGUCUUGUCAAAGAGGAGGCAUCAUUGAACUCAUGGUGGGCGGAAUUGCCUUCCUUUCUCAAGAUGGACAUAUCAGAUCUUCCUCGAUAUGCUCCACCUUCACAUAUCCUCUGUUAUAAUGUUCCAAUGCUAACCAUUUCAAUUCUGCCAUAUUAUUGCUUUCGAAACCUCCUCUAUCGGCCAAUGCUAUCGCGCCGCUCGUCCCCGGAGUUCGGCCAUCUGGAGCCAAAUCCAAACCAUCUCCGUGAACGCGUCAGCUCUGCAACAGCUAUAAUCGCUAUUUCUGACCUCUAUCAUCGGACAUUUGGCGAAUCUCAUUGCACGAUUUCGGUCGCAUAUUGCCUUCAUCGAUCUUCCUCCUCCAAGUACAGGCUACACCAAGUGAUCAUCAAGUGGCCCAUUGGCUGGAGCUCUGCCCACGCACUUGCAAGGGCUAGUAGGAUUAAUCCAGUGAUUCGAAGCGCGCUGAAGCUAGUCAUGGAGGCAAUCAACGACCUUGGAGUUGAGAUGACGAUGCCUGUUGAACCACAGCCUGUAACAAGAACACCCCCUUCAACCAGCACACACUAUCCGCUGCAAUCUCAGACAUUCACAUCUUCGAAUGAUUCAAGGCUUGAUCAGUUGCAUUUUGGCCAUCUUGAUGUCGAGGAUCUUGGUAUAUCGGCGGAAAUGUUCCAGGCUGUUUUGUCUUUAGAGCCUGUGACCGUGGGAUUGGAAGACCUUAAUGACCAAGGUUUUUGA